GGUAGCUUUAAAGAUAAAAAAAAAUAUUGCUUAUUUCUGGUGGUUCUGUCCCACAUAUUUGCAGUUGGACUGGCAGGUCACCUGUUUUUGGUUUGGCAAGCUGGCUAAUUGUUUCUGGGUUUUCAAAUGAUGCAUCGACACUGGACCAGCUUUUUUGUUAUACCUGUCUGCUGGUUCCUGAUCUUUUUGAAAACAUCAGUUGAAGAGUCCCCUGAAGCUUGAGAGGAUUGGAAGAUGCAGUGCUGAGGCAGAGGGCUCGUAGUAAGGACGGCUGGCUACUACUCUGAACUGUGGGUGAGCUUUCAGGCGCACAGAGCUGAUGUAUGGUGCCAUACAUUGUGAAGGAGAAGAAGUCCAGUAGCUGAACCAUCAUCCUUCCUCUGAUCAAGCCAUGAACUAUCCCUCCAUCUUUGGAAGAUGCAAGCGCAAAGAUUUGGCCUCUAUUGGUUGACCUAACUAUAGCUAGGCUACUCAUGAUGUAUUUCUUGUUUUUUUUGCCUUUGAAGCGCUUUGAGAUUGCUAUGAAAAUAAUUAUACAUAUGUAAUUUAUGAUUAUUACUAUCCCGGAGUCUUACUGUACACUGGAAUGAUUCUAAAUGUCAUUGUCCUCCAACAUUUCCAUGCUGUUGCUAUGGUAAUGUGCAAAGAUUCCAUACCAUAACAGAAUAAUGAGUAAUAUUUAUAAAGUUAUUUUCUCAAACCCAAGGCGCUACACACCUUGAGAAGCAUGAAAAGUAUCAGAGAGGAGUGGCAGGAGGAGUGGGGCAGGAGCAAACCCGGCGCAGGAACCCGAGGUGAGCCAGAGCGCCGCCCCAAGAUGUCCAUAUUCAGAGAGAUGUGGGAUAAACUGGGGACCCCGUCGACGGCCCUCUCCCCAGGCAACUGGAACCCCAAACUCCCUCCCGCCAGGCUCGACGCCUCCCUUUCUUCCCUUUACUACCUUGACUUCAACUCCCAUGAAACCGAGCUGGGGCCCGAUUACGCCCCCCUGGCCCUCACCCUGGGGGGCCACAGCCUCAUCUUCCAGGAGGGCCAGUGGCUGUUGCAGCAGAGGCCCCAAGGGGCCAAGGGCCGGAGUCCAAAGGCAGGGGACCGAACCCGCAUCCACCGCCUGAAGAAUAAGAACCGGGAGUUACAGGAGGAGAAUAAUGCCCUGAAGAUCCGGGUGGAACUGCUGAUGGACAUGCUGGCAGAGACCACAGCCCAGCUACAGGGCUCUGAUCCUGGGGAGGGGGGAAGCCAGGACAGCCUAGCAGUACCACAAACACCUCAGUUGAAAAGGGCAAGCUUCCAGAUUGGGUCUACUAAAAGAAAGUCCUAAAACGGCAUGAUAACAGUGGGACUGUGUGAAGUGGAUGAAAUGGUUCCUGCUGGACGAA